AUGACGACCAUGGAAGAGAUGAGGGAGGAGCUGGAAAAGCUGUCAUUGGAGCUGAAAAGUCGGGAAGUGUAUUUCCCUCCCAAGGAAAAGAAAAUCGGGCCCUUUAGUGGCACUGAAAACAUGCUGGUCUCAGAUUUUGUGGAGGACAUUAGGGCAGGAAUUAAACUUCGAAAGCUGAUGGGUGAGAGUGCUAUUGACUACGUGCUAGCUCACUUGGAAGGAUCUGCAAGGCAGGAGGUGCAACAUCGCCAAGAUAGAGAAAAGAAGGAUGCUGAGUCAAUAAUGAACAUCUUAUUGGAAGCUUUUGGGGACAAGCUGAAUGCUAGUCAACUGAUGCGGCAGAUAUAUAACCGAGUACAAAAUGAAGAUGAGUCUGUGACACAGUACGCAUAUGCCUUACUUGCUUUGGCAACUAGAUUACAACGCAAACCAGAAGCUCCUGAGUCAAAGAGUGUCAUCAAAGAACAGUUUAAAGAUGGAUUGAGUGACCCAGUACUCAGGAGGGAAGUGAAGCGAUUGUAUAAAGAAAAGCCAGAAUUGUCUUUCCUAGAGGUACGAGACUGGGCAGUGGAGAUGGAUGAGGAAGAACUUAAGGGCAUCAAUCCACGCAAAAAGAAAUGCACCACCUACCAGGCCGAAGCCACAGCAUGGAUGGGAAAGAUGGAAGAGGGGCUCACUGCAGCGAUCAAAGGCCAAACAGAGGUACUUGACAAGAUGAUAGCACAGCAGGGCAUUUUCAACUCUCGUCUUAGUCAGUUAGAGGAGAGACAGGACAAUGCCAGGAGUGCCAGGAGACCCCCUCUAGACAAGAGUAAGAUUGAGUGCCAUCGGUGCCACCGCAUGGGACAUUAUGCAAGGGAGUGUGAGAGUCCUCAUCCUGGGGGCAAUCCACGUACACAGAGGGCUGGACAGUCAAACAGUCAGCAACAGCAACAGGGAAACUGA